CGUUGUUGCUUUACGGGGCACGAUCUAGUGAAGAGUUUCCAGUGUUGACUAAUAGUUUCGAGUGUUCACGGAGAUUUUCAGUGCUAUCGCAAUACACGUGGAAAUAACAACAUGUUGAGAUUUGUGCCCGUGCUCGCCAUCCUCGCUGCGACCGCCAAGGCCGGUCAUGUAGACCCAGUGCAUUUUUCCAUCGUGGCCCAGCAUCCACAUGUUGAACAUGCUCACCAUGCUGUUCCAGAGGUCCACUAUCCAACUUACGUAGCGGCUCACAAUUUGCAUGGUAACCACCAUGGAGCUGAGCUCGCUUACUCCGGACAUAGUGCUUUGUACGGUGGUGAAAACCAUGGCCACUUAUACAACACAGGAUACAAAGGAGAAUACGCCAAGGAUCACCACGAUUACUACGCUUAUCCUAAAUACAGCUUCGAAUAUGGAGUAAAUGAUCAUCACACCGGAGAUCACAAGAAGCAAUGGGAAACCCGCGAUGGUGAUGUUGUCAAGGGUGGAUACAUGUUCAAGGAAGCUGAUGGAACUACUCGUAUCGUAGAAUACACUGCUGAUGAUCACAACGGAUUCAACGCUGUGGUUAAGAAUGUUGGUCAUGCUCAUCAUCCAGAAGUGCACAACAUUCACGGUCAUUCCGGAAACUACGCUGGAGCUUAUGUCAGCGGUGAUUACUACGACAAUGAUGCCUUAAGCCACUCGAAGGUGUGGAAACACUGAUGAUUUUCAAGAUAUUCCUAAAGUCGUGUUUGUUAUUAAAUUUGCGAUAUGUUCUUGUUAGCUCGAUGACACCGAAAAGUGUUGGUCAUAUUGUUUCUUCACUAGAUAUGUAAUGCAGAGAACAAGUA